AUGUCCAACUCUAAUCCAGCUACCACUACCGAUCCAGCUACUACUACUAUGAUCGAUCCAGCUACCACAACCAGCUUUCGCGAAGCUCUAGCAAAAUCGACUCAACUCGCCAUCCUAGCUGGUGCAGGUCUCUCCACUGGAUCCGGGAUACCAACAUUUACAGGACAACUGGGAGGGGUGCCGUUUACUUAUAGUCUGGACGAAAAGUUUGCUACGGCCCAGGCGUUCAAGGAGGAUCCUGUGCGUGUGUGGAGGUUUCAUCAUAGUAUCCGGAAGCGAUGCUUAAACGCCUCACCAAACGCAGCACACAAAGCCCUCGGUGCUCUCCACGCAGAUCCAUCUCUCCGAUCCAAACUACUUCGCAAACUCGAAGAACCAACCAGCUCUCCACUCUUCAUCACCCAGAACGUUGAUAACCUCUCUCUCGAUGUUCUAUCAUCCUUGAAGAGUUCAGAAGAAGGAGGAGGAGGAGGACAAGGCAAGAUCAACAAGGAGCAAUACCAAGAAUCGAAGAACCGCCUGAUCGAGAUGCACGGAAACAUCUUCAGACAAGAAUGUCUCCAGUGUAGACAUGUCUCCACCUCAUCCGAUACCAACCUCGCUUUCGAGGAUGAUUCCUUGGACAAAACCAACUCCAGUUCGGAGGCUGAUGUUAACAACGCCCAAGUCCGAGUCAUCACCGAAGACGACCUACCACGUUGCGGGGGUCCUCCCAACCAAAAGGACGUCGACUCAUCAACCACGACCAACCGCUACUACGGACACUGCAAAGGCAAACUCCGCCCAGCCGUAACCUGGUACGGCGAAAUCCCACAAGGCCUAGGCGACAUCGGACGAUACCUAAACUCGACAGAUAUGCUGAUUAUCGUCGGCGCGUCUCCACUCGCCCACCCCGCUGCUGGUUUUAUACGGACUGUGAAGGAGAGGGGAGGCAAGGUUGCGGUGUUUCAUCUUGAGCCUUCGGAUGCGGAUAAGGAUGCGGAUUGGGUAUUUUUGGGAAGGUGUGAAGAAGUUUUGCCUAGGGUUCUGGGUCUUGAUUCUUGA